UAAGCCAGCGGGCAAUGCAUAAUUGUGCAAUUAAUUAUUUUUACUGUCAUUAUAUGGAUUAAUGGAUAUCUAAAUCUAGACUUGUGAUUUAGAGCUCUUAUGAUCUAAUAGAUAUCUAGAUCUAGACUUGUGAUUUAGAGCUCUUAUGAUCUAAUAUAUAUAUCGAUAUCUAGACUUGUGAUUUAGAGCUCUUAUGAUCUUAUAAAUAUCUAGAUCUAGACUUCUAGAACGAACAAGAAUCUAGAAGUAAUCUAAUCUAUAUAUAGAUCUGGAUAAAUAGCCUACUUCUUGAGCUGGAAUCUAGACCUAUGCCAGCGCCCAAGUUGAGAUGGUGACCUAUGACCUAUUUAAUUUAAAUAAAAAUGAUGACGAGCUGCUCAAGAAACUGAUAGAGUCAAGUUCUAAUUCUAGAGUUUAUGUCUUACUAAUGAGCCUGCCAGAUGUUCGGCGCUGUCUUCUGCUGGCCGCACGUCUGGGAAUGACCAGUCGGGAGUACUUGUACAUUGUACCAGACAUCGAAGGAAGUGUCAGCACUAAUCGAUCUCCUUGGCAGUUCAAUGAGACCGAUGACAUGGCUGCCAAGAAAGCUUUUCAGACGGUUAUGUUCAUCAAUAUUCAAAGACCUGUGAGCUCAGACUUUAGCGACCUCUUGAAACGUUUGAAUCAACAGAUGUAUGGAUCAGAUGUCUCGAAAUAUGUCACAUCGACCUACAGUGAUGAAGAAGAAAAUGUGAACCAGUCGAGUAUAAUGGCCCAGCAGCAUAUACUUUCUGGAUAUUACAAUGCUUUCAUGAUUUACUUGACGGCAGUCAAUGAAACACUGGCAGAAGGCAAGAACAUCAGUGACGGUAUUCGUUUGGUUGACAGAAUGGGAAACAGGACCUAUGUUGGUAAAACAGGCGUCAUUCAAAUAGACUAUGAAGGCAACAGAGUCAUCAACUUUAGUUUCUCAGACAUGAUUGACGAGGAGAAUGGAACGUUUGAGGAUGUUGUUUGGUACAUAGAUUUAACUGGACAAAUCAACACUAAACUUGGUUAUAGCCAGUUCUGGCCAGCAGGAGAAGGUUACGUUAAGGACAUACCAGAUUGUGGCUACCUCCACGAACUUUGUCAGUCCGAUACUUCCGACACCACAGUAGCUGUGUCUUGCGGUAUUGUUGCCUGUAUCCUUGCAAUGUCUAUUGGAAUAACAGUUGUUCUAAGGAUUCGUUACAACACUUUAAAGAGAGAUUUGUAUUGGUGGAAGAUCAAUUUAGACGAAAUGCAGCCAAUCAAAAACAACUUAACAAAAUCAACUUUUUCUUCGGGAUUCUAUCACAUGAGUAAACUGUUUGCUUACAACCAGAGUGCCACCAAUGCCACAGAAUCAAGUGUAGCUAGCAAUGGGAUCUACCUGUAUAAAGGCAAUAUGGUGAGACUGAAUCCUUUAUGCGAUACAAAUAUUCAUGUGACUCAAAGUUUGCUCACAGAGUUUGACCAGAUAAGAGAUAUCAAUCAUUCUAACUUACAACGAGUUCUCGGAGCCAUGUUGGAAGGUGACAGAAAAAUGAUUGUCACAGAAUAUUGUCACAAAGGAACUCUUCAGGAAAUUCUAAUGGAUACCAAGUACACACUGGACAGUGUCUUCAUUUUCUCAAUACUAAGUGACAUUGUCAAGGCCCUAACUUUCCUAAACAAACACCCUCUUCGAGUCCAUGGUCGACUGACUAGUGAUGUCUGCAUGAUUGACUCCAGGUUCUCAGUCAAAAUUGCUUGCUAUGGUUUACCAACUAUUUAUGAUCACAUCAAGUUGCAAAACAAAAACCAGUCGUUAGAAAAAGAUCUUCUAUGGGUAGCCCCUGAGCUGUUAAGACAUGGAGGUAAUCCUACACCACAAGGAGAUGUUUACAGUCUUGCCAUUAUUAUGUCAGAAAUGCUGACCAGAGAUGAACCCUACAGUAAUGAUAAGGAAUCCCUGACAUUAAAGGAACUGGUUGAAAAAAUCAAGUCCUAUCAAGAUCCACCUUACAGGCCUACAGUUUCUACCACACCAGAACUAAUGACCAUGGAGUCACUAAUGAGAAAAUGUUGGGAUGAAGACCCAGAGAAAAGACCUUCACUACACUCAAUACAUUCUAUCAUCAACAAACUGAUGGUAAAUGUCAACAAAUCUGGAGGUUUGGUUGACAACUUACUGCAGAGGCUAGAGAAGUACAGCAGUAAUCUAGAGAAAAUUGUGGAUGAGAAAGUGGAUGAACUGAGACAAGAGAAACAAAAGUCAGAAGAGUUACUUAAACAAAUGUUACCUGCAUCUGUUGCUGACAGAUUAAAAGCUGGACUGACAGUUGAGCCAGAAUUUUAUGACUGUGUGACCAUCUACUUCAGUGACAUUGUAGGCUUCACAGUCAUCUGUUCACAGCUAACUCCUGUCCAGAUCAUAAAUCUAUUGAAUGAUUUGUAUUCUUGUUUUGAUGAGAUUAUAGGAAACUAUGAUGUGUACAAGGUGGAAACAAUAGGAGAUGCCUACAUGGUGGUUUCAGGUCUCCCAACCAGAAACGGCAAUGAGCAUGCUAGUCAGAUUGCAAAAAUGUCUCUAGCAUUACUUAGAAGUGUUUCUAAUUUUACCAUCCGAGAGUUGUCAAAAGAGAAGCUAAAACUCAGGAUUGGGCUCAACUCAGGCCCAGUAUGUGCAGGUGUUGUUGGUCUCAAAAUGCCAAGAUAUUGUCUGUUUGGUGAUGCAGUGAACACAGCGUCUAGAAUGGAGUCCAAUGGAGUUGAAUUCAAGAUUCACAUGAGUAGCAGCACAACCAGCAUUCUGACAAAAUUCUACAAGUUUGUGAUUGAAAGUCGUGGAGUAGUUGACAUUAAGGGUAAAGGCUUAAUGGAAACAUUUUGGUUACUAGGCGAGGAUCAACAAAGUGAGAAUCCAGUGUAACACCAAGUUGACACCUAUUACAACAGUAUUAUGUUACCAUGGACUGAUGUUCAGUUAAGCUUUGGACAAAGAUUUUCAAUUGAUUGAUGCUAAUAUUUUCAAUCUAGAACAACAUUUUUUUCUAAGAGACUUUCUUAAAAAAAUAUUGAAUUGUGUUAUGAAUUGGAACCCUUCAUUUCUAAAGAUUUUAUGAUCUAAGUAAGAUGACACUUACUUUUGUCUAAGACUUCUUAGCACAGGACAAUGUAAGAAAAUGUGGUGCCUGAGAUGGACACAAUGUAUUUACUUUUGCUAUAUAUACUGAACCUGUGUAAUUAAAACCUUCCAGCAGUAUACAAACAAGACUUGUGUGCGUCUAAAUAGAAUUAAAACUUAGCACUUAUCAUAUAUCUAUAUAGAAGUAAAAUGAUUAGUUCAACUUAAGAGUUCAGGAAAAGUGGAAAAGGAUUUAAAAAUUAAGUGGAGGAAUGGAAUCCAGGACUGUACUGAUGUAUUCUUCAGAGAUCCUAAAAAUCAUCAGAGAACUGAAACAGAUAUCAGCUUUGAUACUCUCUUCUUCUCUCUAGUACACACAAAUCUAAAUUUAUAUAGUUCGUCCAUUAUUGUUUUUAAUGAUGACUACUUUUGUCAUCCAGGGGGAUAAGGACUUCGCACUGGGGUUUUGUGCCUCCUCAUGUGGCUGGUGAGACCUAUGUGAGCCUGGAUAUGUUUGGCUGCAAACUGGGCAGGUUAUUCCAGCUGAAGCUAGUGUCGUUGUUCUUAUCUAUGAGGCUACAGGAGAGGUCAACAGGAUUAAGAGGUCUUUGGACAGGAAAAAUAUAUUUGAGACUUUCCUCAUAUCAUGCCUACCACAUUCCUGCAUUCCACUGCUAUUUUUUUUUAUUUAUUUUAUAUGCUUAGGAUAUUCCUUCAUUAUUGAAGAUUAUUAAAUCACACCCCAAACCUCCUACAUAACAGUAGGUGAUGGUGGUUGACAGGAUUCAAACCCAGGACUAUCGAUUCCACAGUCCAGAGUGCAUGGCACAUGACCAGGCCAAUUAAUAGCCAUU